UGAACAAACUAUUUGUCACUUUUCAAUUGUUGCAUCGCGUCAUCGGUUUUCCCACUGUAACAAAAACAUCUUUCGUAUCAUAGCUGAAAGCCUGGAUAUAUACGAAAUAUCAACAUAAUGUUCAAGUAUCUUAGCCAGAACACGAACAUUUUACUUGGAGUUGGCACAUAUAGCGGAAAUUCUGAAAACCAGUAACUGUUUGCUUCAUUAAUUUUGAUCAAGCUUAAUGGCAACACUUUCACAAGAAGAGGAAAACUAUGUAAGAAUCAACUUUUUGCUGACGGGAAUUUCGCCAACUGCAGUGCGUAUAUAUUUUGACAACGAAUUUCACCCAUCUUGUUUAUACACUUCAAUUAAAAAGGAAACCAACAAGCUGCUUGAUCUGAAAAAGAAAAGAGUUAUAAAUCAAGCCCAGUGGGAUCUUCUUUACCCCAGAGGAAGCAGUACUCCGAGUUCCAAACAGUUCGAUGUAACAUUAAUGAUAACCUUAAUAAGACAUCUUACCAACAUUAAACAACCAGGACUUGGAUAUGAAAAGCUUCCUCAGCCGACGGAAACCACAACUGGGGAUGAUUUGGCAAGAAUUAAAUAUUACAGAAAUCAUAUAGCACAUUUAGACAAUGCUACAUUGGACAGCCGAUCCUUUACCAAUGCAUGGGACGACAUAUCUGAUGCUGUAGGUAGAUUGGGAGGUAAAGUACUGCUUGAGGAGUGCAACAGUUUAAGAACUAAAACUCUUGAUCAAUCGAACCAAGAGAUCAUUAAGGAAAUGAAACAAGCAAGUAAGGAGAUGCAAGAAGUAAAACGUGAAGUUGAAUCUUUGAAAAUGUCGUUCGAUUCCCUGACGGUAAACUAUACCAAUCUCAAUAAUAACCAUAAGGAACUAAUUGAGGAUUAUGGUACUUUACGAAACGACCACGAGAGAAUGAAUAAUACAGUAAUUGAAUUAAGACAGACAUAUGAUGAUACACUGCCACGGGGUUUAAGAGCAAAAACAAAGCGAACGUUUGAAUAUUGGGUGGAAGAUGCUAAGAUGCACGUAGAAACGCGGGCGGACAAACACAUUUUCGAAUGUAUAACAAGAAACCAGUGUGUUCUAGUCACGGGUAGUUUUGGUAUAGGAAAAACUUCAACCAUUAGAUAUGUAGCUCUUCGAAUGAAUGACAGUGGUUACGACGUUAUUCCUGUCAUAGAUGAUCCGAGUGAUAUCUUGAACUUUUACAAUCCAAAUCAAAGAACUGUAUUUGUAAUUGACGACUUCUGUGGUAAAUAUACGUUGAUACCUAGUCAGUUCGAAAGAUGGAAAACGUUAACAGAUGAUUUAUUAUCCAUAUUACAGGACGGAAAUUGCAAGAUCAUUGCAUCAUGCAGAUUACAAGUGUACAAUGAUUCAAAGUUCACAGCAUUGUCUCUUUUUAAAAAUUGUAUAUGUAACCUGAUGUCGGACGAGCUAUCUUUGACACACACGGAGACAAAUGAAAUUACUUACUUAUUUUUAAGAUCUGACUCGUCUAAGAUUUAUAAAUUGCAUAACAUAUUCAAUUUUUUCCCACUUUUGUGUAAAAAAUUUCAUGAUAAUCCAACAUCCGACAUCACACAAGUCUUUACGAAUCCUACGCCGGUCCUUGAAACUGAAAUUAAUCAAUUACAGAAAGGAAGAGUGUAUGGCAAAUAUUGUGCUUUAGCCCUUUGUGUCAAAUUUAAGAAUAGUUUACCCGUUGAACAUUUGACAGGCGAUAUAGAUAGGGAGACCAGAAGCAAUUUCAAGAACAUGUGCGAGAAAUGCAAUUUAGAUAGAGGAACAUCACGGCUGUUACUGAAAGAUGAGUUAGAUUCAUUAAUUGAUACAUUCUUGAUUAAUGACCAUGGAUGUUAUCGGUUCCAGCAUGAACAAUAUUUUGAAUUCUUUCGGUGUUAUUUUAAUAAUAUAUAAGUAAUAUAUAAAUUCGGAUUAAUUAUUACUCUGACAACAAUUUACUCAGACAAUAAUUUUACAAAGAAACCACAACGUUAAUUAUGUCUUGAUUACUUGAUGAUAACACCCGAGAAAAUAGAAAAGGCAAUAAAAGGUUUAAGAAUUCUAAA